GUGACAACAAAUACCACACUUGCAGUGGCGCACUACUGUACUCAAGUUACUUGCGGUUCCACCUUGUACAGCGUAGUAUUUCGCAAAAUAGAUUUCGAUCGAAAAAGAACGUUCAAUUAGUUUUCCAGUAAAAAUGUCUAUUGUUGAACAGUCGGUUGUAGAUCAAGAAAUCGUGAUACCACCGAGCUUACCGGUAAUUCUAAAGCAAUUUUGCAAGGCGGCUAUUCGAACGCAACCGUAUGAUCUAUUGAAAUGGUCCAGUUCGUAUUUUCGUGCGUUGGCUGAUGGAGAAGAGCCGCCGGUCAAAUUAAGAUUAGAAUAUCCACCGCCGAGUACAGCUUCCGGUUUAACUUUUGGCUUUUUGAGAGUUUUACUCCAUCAAUUUGGAGAUUACAAUAAAUCGUUACCUGUGGAAACAAUUCUGCGUCGAUGGGACUGUUUAUGCUUGGACCGAAGGGAUUUGAACUUAAUUAUGAUGAUCGGAAAAUUUCGCCGGAAAUGUCAAGUGAAGAAAUUCCUGGCAAUCGCAGUUGGUCUUUUAGGCUCUAGUCUCUUUGAAACGAUGAUUAUGAUCUGUGAAUUAUUCACUCACGAACCUGAAGGCGGGUCCGCCAUGGUUCCCGUCACAUUAUUUAUGGAAAUCUAUGGGUACUUGGCAGGACUUCGUUGCGAUGGCAGCGAAAGAGAUUCUUCCGACGAAGAUCCAACUGAAUUUAUUAUAUGCGACAGCGUAUCGUCGGCAAGUCGUCAAUCGAGAUGUUCCGAAGAAAAAUCUCUGGAUCGCGUUUGUUCAGUUACCAGUCAGGAUACUGAGGCUGAUGUGAACUUGGAUUUGGAAUUGGUGUCCAGAGAUGAUGCGGAUUCUUCGAGAACUGAUGUGAACUUCAUAGAAAGUUACACGGGCGACAAAGACGACGAAAAUAAAUCGUCAGGAGGAGACGUUCCUGACAAAGAAGCUGUAAAGACGAAAAAGAGCAAUGAAAGUUCCGCCACGGAAGCAGAGUCCAGUAAAAAGUCCGAAUCAUCCGAGGAGAAGAAAUCGAACAAGAAUGAAAACGGGUCAGCGAAAAGUACAACUAGCUGUAGUACCACGGAGGAGCAUACAACGAAAAACCAAAGUGUUCGAAGUACAGAGGACAAGUCUAGUAACGAAAGAAGACGAAAGAAGAAAAUGGUAGACCCGAAGUUGAUCAAAUAUUAUCCAAACAUCCCUGGUGAGAUAAUACAAGAUUGUAUAGGACCACGUCUUUCGGCUGAAGAAGUAGCGAGCGUAGCGAUAUGGAUGAGCGAAUGCGCAAGAGUGCAAGAGGGCUUGGUUGGCCCGCGAAAUCUUCGUCAUAUGAACUGUCCACCUCUGGAUAGACAACCGAUAUCAGAAUCAUGACGAAUCGCAAGAUGAACUUCUAAAAAUAUUGAUGAGAAUCAGUGAAUACAAGUUUAGGAUGUUCCCUUAUAAGUCUUGAAGGUAUAAUGCUACUUUGAAUAAAGCAAUAAAAAUCUUACUCUAUAAAACUGCAAUAAGUAGAUUUUAUGCGUAUAAAAUAAUUUGUUGCUUCACCGUAACAAAUAUGUAUUUGGUUUAUCAUAUUUACUUGUAGA